GCCGGGGCGGGGCUGUAAAGCCCGGCGCCAACGCGCCGGCACCCGCGUCCCGGCAUGGUUUCCCCGUCGCCGCCCGCCAUGGCCCGCGCUGCUCGGCUCUUCGCCGCGCUGGCCGCGCUCCUCGCCGCCGCCUCUACAGGCGGAGAUGCCCGGCCCAGCAAAAUCGGUGCGGGGAGGUCGAGCCGUGGUUGGGGCCGGAAUCGGGGGCUCGGCCGUGGCCCACUUCCUCCAGCAGCACUUCGGCCCCCGCGUGCAGAUCGACGUGUACGAGAAGGGGACUGUGGGCGGCCGUCUAGCCACCAUCUCAGUCAACAAGCAGCACUACGAGAGUGGGGCCGCCUGCUUCCACUCUCUGAGCCUGCACAUGCAGGACUUCGUCAAGCAGCUGGGGCUGAGGCACCGGCGAGAGGUGGUGGGCAGGAGCGCCAUCUUCAGCGGGGAGCAUUUUGUGCUGGAGGAGACGGACUGGUACCUGCUGAACCUCUUCCGCCUCUGGUGGCACUACGGCAUCAGCUUCCUGCGGCUGCAGAUGUGGGUGGAGGAGGUCAUGGAGAAGUUCAUGAGGAUCUAUAAGUUCCAGGCCCAUGGUUAUGCCUUCUCGGGCGUGGAGGAGCUGCUCUACUCGCUGGGGGAGUCGGCCUUCAUCAACAUGACCCAGCGCUCCGUGACCGAGUCCCUGCUCCAGGUGGGCGUCACGCAGCGCUUUAUCGACGACGUUGUCUCCGCCGUUCUGCGGGCCAGCUACGGCCAGUCGGCAGCAAUGCCCGCCUUUGCUGGAGCCAUGGCACUAGCCGGGGCGCAAGGCAGCCUGUGGUCUGUGGAGGGAGGCAACAAGCUGGUUUGUUCCGGUCUGCUGAAGCUCACCAAAGCCAACGUGAUCCACGCCACGGUGACCUCUGUGACCCUGCACACUGUAGAAGGGAGAGCCUUAUACCAGGUAGAGUAUGAGAAUGAGGUGGGCAACGGCUCCGACUUCUACGACAUAGUGGUCAUCGCCACCCCCCUGCACCUGGACAACAGCAGCAGCAGCACCAUCACCUUUGAAGGCUUCGACCCGCCCAUUGAUGCUGUCCAGGGCCCUUUCCAGCCCACCGUCGUCUCCUUGGUCCACGGCUACCUCAACUCUUCCUACUUCGGUUUCCCCGACCCUAAGCUUUUCCCUUUUGCCAGCAUCCUUACCACGGAUUUCCCCAACUUCUUCUGUGCUCUGGACAACAUCUGUCCCGUCAACAUCUCGGCCAACUUCCGGCGGAAGCAGCCCCAGGAGGCAGCUGUUUGGCGAGUCCAGUCCCCCAAGCCCCUCCUUCGGUCCCAGCUGAAGACCCUCUUCCGCUCCUAUUACUCAGUUCAGACAGCCGAGUGGCAGGCCCACCCCCUCUACGGCUCCCGCACCACCCUCCCGCGGUUCGCUCUCCACGACCAGCUCUUCCACCUCACUGCCCUGGAGUGGGCAGCCAGCUCCGUGGAGGUGAUGGCUGUCGCUGCCAAGAACGUGGCCCUGCUGGCCUACAACCGCUGGUACCAGGACCUAGACAAGAUUGACCAAAAGGAUUUGAUGCACAAGGUGAAGACAGAACUGUGAGGGCUCCGGGCGAGCCUGGGAAUGUCCAUCGCCAGCUGAAGGUGGAUCACCCACAGUGGCCAAGACCGUACAGGUCGCGCUCACCCACCCAGCCUCUUUCUGACCCCUCGUGUGUCGAGUGUCCUCCCUCCAGCGUGGGUCCAGGUGUCCCGCUCUCUGCCUCUAUCUUAGAAUUCUCACAGUGGUUGCUUCUUUCUAAGGGGGAGAGUAAGAGAAGGGAAGAAAAGUCAAGCCAGUGUAUUCAUUUUAUUUAUUUUUUUUAAGAAAAAAUAAAAAUCCAUGUUCUCAAGCUG